GGGGCGCCCCGCGCCUCGCUGGGCCCCUCGGCACAUCCAGCUUCUCAGAGUUGACUGACCAGAGAUUUAUCAGCCUGCAGGACUGGAGGUGAACACGGGCAGAGAGGGAAGGAUCAGACUGGCUGCUCCCUAUCUCAGACUGGGCUCUGGGUCGUGGCGUGUCUGCCUCCUGGGAGGCAUGGAUUCCAUGGGGUAGCCCGGAUGCCUCUGCCCUUCUGCCCCAGCCAUCUCAUGCCUCAACACCCAGGGGCAGUGAACAGGUCCCUGGCUGGAGCCCAAACAUGUGGGGCCUGGUGAGGCUCCUCUUGGCUUGGUUGGGUGGCUGGGGCUGCAUGGGGCGCCUGGCAGCCCCAGCCCGGGCCUGGGCAGGGUCCCGGGGGACCCCAGGACCAGCACUGCUGCGGACCCGAAGGAGCUGGGUGUGGAACCAGUUCUUCGUCAUUGAGGAAUAUGCCGGCCCGGAACCCGUCCUUAUUGGCAAGCUGCACUCGGAUGUGGACCGGGGCGAGGGGCGCACCAAGUACCUGCUGACCGGGGAGGGGGCAGGCACCGUAUUUGUGAUUGACGAAGCCACAGGCAAUAUCCAUGUCACCAAGAGCCUGGACCGGGAGGAGAAGGCACAGUACGUGCUACUGGCCCAAGCUGUGGACCGAGCCUCUAACCGUCCCCUGGAGCCCCCAUCAGAAUUCAUCAUCAAAGUACAAGACAUCAAUGACAACCCGCCCAUCUUUCCCCUGGGGCCCUACCAUGCCACAGUGCCAGAGAUGUCCAAUGUCGGGACAUCGGUGAUCCAGGUGACUGCUCAUGACGCCGACGACCCCAGCUAUGGAAACAGCGCCAAGCUGGUGUACACUGUGCUGGACGGACUGCCUUUCUUUUCUGUGGACCCCCAGACUGGAGUGGUGCGAACUGCCAUCCCCAACAUGGACCGGGAGACUCAGGAGGAGUUCUUGGUGGUGAUUCAGGCCAAGGACAUGGGCGGCCACAUGGGGGGGCUGUCGGGCAGCACGACAGUGACCGUCACCCUCAGCGAUGUCAAUGACAACCCCCCCAAGUUCCCUCAGAGCCUGUACCAGUUCUCCGUGGUGGAGACGGCUGGGCCGGGCACCCUGGUGGGCCGACUGCGGGCCCAGGACCCAGACCUGGGGGACAACGCCCUCAUGGCAUACAGCAUCCUUGACGGGGAGGGCUCCGAGGCCUUCAGCAUCAACACAGACUCCCAGGGUCGAGACGGGCUCCUCACUGUCCGCAAGCCCCUAGACUUCGAGAGCCGUCGUUCCUACUCCUUCCGUGUGGAGGCCACCAACACGCUCAUUGAUCCAGCCUACCUGCGGCGAGGGCCCUUCAAGGACGUGGCCUCAGUGCGUGUGGCUGUGCAGGAUGCCCCUGAGCCACCUGCCUUCACUCAGGCUGCCUACCAGCUGGCAGUGCCCGAGAACAAGGCCCCUGGGACCCUGGUGGGCCAGGUCUCAGCUGCUGACCUGGACUCCCCGGCCAGUCCAAUUAGAUACUCCAUCCUACCCCACUCGGACCCAGAGCGCUGCUUCUCCAUUGAACCUGAGGACGGCACCAUCCGCACGGCGGUGCCCCUGGACCGUGAGACUCGUGUCUGGCACAACCUCACAGUGCUGGCCACGGAGCUCGACAGCUCUGCACAGGCCUCCCGCGUGCAAGUGGCCAUCCAGACCUUGGAUGAGAAUGACAAUGCUCCCCAGCUGACUGAGCCCUAUGACACCUUUGUGUGUGAUUCUGCAGCCCCAGGCCAGCUGAUUCAGGUCAUCCGUGCCCUGGACAAAGAUGAAACUGGCAACAGUAGUCGAGUCUCCCUUCAAGGUCCCCUGGGCCCUGAUGCCAACUUCACUGUGCGGGACAACCGAGAUGGCUCUGCCAGCCUGCUGCUGCCCUCCCGCCCUGCUCCACCUCGCCAGGCCCCCUACCUGGUUCCCAUUGAGCUGUGGGACUGGGGGCAGCCAGCACUGAGCAGCACUGCCACAGUGACUGUCAGCGUGUGCCGCUGCCGGCCUGACGGCUCUGUGGCAUCCUGCCGGCCAGAGGCUCAGCUCUCACCUGCUGGGCUCAGCACCGGGGCCCUACUUGCCAUUGUCACCUGUGUGGGCACCCUGCUUGCCCUGGUGGUGCUCUUCGCGGCCCUGCGGCGCCAAAAGCAGGAAGCACUGAUGGUGCUGGAGGAGGAGGACGUGCGCGAGAACAUCAUCACCUACGAUGACGAGGGCGGUGGCGAGGAGGACACGGAGGCCUUCGACAUCAGCGCCCUGCAGAACCCCGACGGGGCGGCCCCACCUGCCCCGGGCCCGCCUGCACGCCGCGACGUGCUGCCCCGGACCCGCGCGCCGCGCCAGCCCCGGCCGCCCGGCCCUGCCGACGUGGCCCAGCUGCUGGCGCUGCGGCUCCGCGAGGCGGACGAGGACCCCAGCGUGCCGCCCUACGACUCGGUGCAGGUGUACGGCUACGAGGGCCGGGGCUCCUCCUGCGGCUCCCUCAGCUCCCUGGGGUCCGGCAGCGAGGCCGGCGGUGUCCUUGGCCCCGCGGAGCCCUUGGACGACUGGGGACCCCUCUUCCGCACCCUGGCCGAGCUGUAUGGGGCCAAGGAGCCCCCGACCCCCUGAGAGCUGGCCCUGGCCCUGCCCCCUGCAGUGGGGCGGCCGAACAGGCCCUCUGAGUGAGCCCCGGGGUCCAGGCAGGUAGCAGCAGCCCAGGGGCCCCAGGCCUCCUCCUGUCCCUGUGCCCCUCCUCCCAACUCCCCCAGGGCAACCUCCUUCUUACCUCCCUCUCCUCCUGAGUCUUCUGUGUCUCUCCAGGAAUCUGUAACACUCUCCCUGUCAAGGUCUGGGCUAUGUGGCCCCGACUGCACCUCUGUUCUCACUGUGAUUUCACUUUCUCCGUGGCUCUGUUUUUGUCUCCCUGAUUCUAAAUCUCUCCCAUGCUCUGUCUUCCUGGCCUCCACACAUGCUCUGUGUCUGUCUCCUGCCCACAUCUGCCCGCAUUCUCUCUGGGUCCCUGUGACUGGCUUUUUGGUUUUCUCUGUUAUCCAUUCCAAAAGCAAGAGAAACUUCCAGCCACUGCUGCCCACUCUCCUGCAGGGGAUGUUCAGCCCCAGACCUGCCCGCAUGGUUCCAUCCAUCACUCAUGGCCUCAUCCUGGCUCCAUGGCCUCCAGCAAAGAGAGGAGCCAGCCCACCUCCCAGGACCAGAGCUCCAGCCCCCCACAUGGCCGCCUCCCUGGAGCUCUGCCCACCUGUCAGCCUGCUCUGGGCAUUGAUUUGUGUGCUUCCCAAGCCCCAGGGGGAGGGGAGGGGA